AAAGCCAAUGUUUCGUGUUUAACAAGUGUAUUAACAAGUUAUAUCUGUGUGUUGAUUUGCAACGCUCCGCCUAACUUGCUUUUGAGUCUCCUUUUAACUCAGUUAGUUCUGUUGUACGAUUAAUAUCCAACCAUUUAUUAUUUCAUUUGAACCACAUUGACUAAUUUUAGUCAGUUUACUCCAAUUUGCCGUUUGGAGUCACAGAAUAUAGAUGAAUAACACCAUUUUCAAGAUCCCUCUCGGAGACUGCAGGCCGAUUAUUUAAAAUACUUAGAUGAUAAGUUAUUGAAAGACAAUUUAUUGCAAGGUUGAAAUAGGGCCGUCUUGUCCUGUCGUAUCAACAUACAUUCGCUAAUCUUGGCAAUGAUUAGCCAACAGCUCUGUAGACGUGAUACAAUAUACUGUCUCCGAGCUAUUCGACAAGCUCAGAAAUUGAAAAAAGGGUACAACAAAUUUGCUCGUCUCUCUAGCUGUCCCAAUAUGAGGAGAUUAAUUUUCACUCAUAGCCUCAAUGUAAUAAAUAUCAGGGUCCUCAAAUAAAUUCAUUGAGCUUUGUCAAAGAAAAUUCAGCAAUGGAUCUAAUGAAGAAUGACAUUCUCACUGAAAACAGAUAUCUAGCUCAGGAUCUCAAUCACCGAGUUUAUGAACGCAUACCUGAAAAAUCAGACUUUGACUUUGCUGUUCCAACUCCACAUGUGAACCAUGUAGACACAUUAAAUGUGUUGAAUCUCGAAACCCUUUCAAAAAUGAUCGGACCAGAUGCAUCCCAAGUCGCAGCCUCAUUUCCUCUUCUACCCAGGUCCAAUCACUCUUUCCUGGAAAACCGUAACAAUCGUAAUGCUUUUUUAGAUAACCGCAAUUUCUUACGCCUCACUUUUUCAAAUAGCCGAAACGUUAAUCACUCCUUUGCUGAAAAUCAAACUGAAAAUCAUCCAUUUUCUGAAAAUCGGAAUGGAAGUAUUACUUUCUCCGAAAAUCGCAGUGAAAGUCAGCCAUUCUCCGAUCAAAACGCAGCAUUUUCUGACAGCCAAAACUGUAGCUCAUCAUUUUCUGAUGAUCAAAGUCAAAGCUCUCCUUUUCCAAGUAGUUCAAAUGGAAACUCCCAAUUCAGAGAAAGACAAAAUGAAGCAUCAUCUCUAAAUAGUUACUCUAACCUUGUGCCUUCACCUCAGUCUGAGCUCCAUGAGAGAGGAUCGCAACCAGAAUUUGAUGGUUUUAAAAAUGGCAGCACCGACCACUCAAAUGUCUGUAGUAUUGAUCCUGAAGUUGUUUACUCUGAUGAUGACGAGCCAUCCAACCAAUCUCUUUAUUCUCAUUCUUUGCCUACUUGCUCUGAGCUGCCACCACACUCUCAUCCACAUUGUAUUACCAGUUUAGAAAGUACUCAUGAAGACUCAGCUGAAUUUCAGUGUAAAAUUUGUAAAAAAGUCCUUGCUAAUAAGCAUAAUCUAAAAAUGCAUUUUAUGACCCAUUCGGGAGAAAAUCGUGCCAAAUUAUUUUGCCCGACCUGUGGGAAAGGUUUCAUCAAACCGUCUGAUCUGCGAAGACAUAAAGUGAUCCAUACUGGAGAGCGCCCAUACGCAUGUCAAGAAUGCGAUAUGGCUUUCCAUGACCCGUCCACAUUAAAGCAACACUCUCGGACUCAUUCAGGUGUCAAGCCUUAUUCGUGUGGUGAAUGUGGACGCAGUUUUGCAUCCAACUAUUCUCUACAGCGGCACAUGUUUGUUCAUGCGGAUAAAGCCCCUUUUACAUGUACUGAAUGUGGUGUUGCAGUCGCGACAAAGUAUGAUCUCAAAAUACAUCACAUGAAACACAACGGAAAGUUGCCGUACCCAUGUUCGAUCUGUAACAAAGGAUUUAGUAAGCCAUCUGAUCUCAAUCGACAUAGUGUCAUCCACACUGGAGAGCGACCUUAUCAGUGUGAGGUUUGUAAAAUGAGCUUCACCAACUCCAGUAAUCUUAGGAUGCACGUUCUAACUCACUCCAAAAUAAAACCACACCCAUGUAUCACUUGCAAUAAAUCUUUUAGGAGGCCGUCUGAGCUCGAGAGGCAUUUGCUCACUCAUAGUGGAGAAAGACCAUAUGUAUGUUCAAUCUGCAAUACUGCUUUUACCACAAGUUACAACCUAAAAGUUCAUACUAUGAAACAUUCUGGAGGGUUACCCUACCCAUGUCCCUCGUGUGAUAAGGCUUUCAGUAAACCAUCUGAAUUACAGCGACACAGUUUUGUUCAUUCAGGCGAAAAACCAUUCUCUUGUUCACAAUGUGAUUUAAGUUUUACAAAUUCCAGUAAUUUACGCACUCAUACUCUAACUCAUACGGGUAAACGGCCAUUUUCUUGCUCAGUUUGUGAUAAAGCCUUUACACGACCUUCAGAUGUCAAACGACAUAUGUUGACUCACACCGGUGCUCGACCCUUUGCUUGUAACCUCUGUGGUUUAGCUUUUGCAGAUUCUUCCAAUUUGAAAAAGCACACUUUAAUUCAUUUUCGAUUGGAUCCCUUGGCUUUGGGUGAGCAAUUCAAGAAUUCAAGCGAGAAAGAGAACCCAGUGAAUAAGCCUUUAUUUAAAUGUUUUCUUUGUUAUGUCGAAUUUCAGUCAUCUCAUGACCUAGAACUUCAUUCUUUAACACAUUCUGUAGAUCAAUCAUUUUCAGAAAGUCCUCCAGUAAAUGCAUCUAAACAGGGACAGAACCUGUACGCUCUUCAAGAUAGUAAACAGCGCUGUGCAGACAAUGUAAAGCAAUACUCAUGUCCAUCAUGUGGAAUGCAAUUUGCUCAUGCCUUGCAUUUACAAGAGCAUGUUGUAGUUCACUCAAACGAGCCUUCAUUUCAAUGUGAAAUUUGUGAAAAAACGUUUAUUCAGGAAUCAUUCUUGAAGAAUCAUCUUUUAACUCACACAGAGUCGAGACCUUUCAGGUGUCCAGUUUGUUCGAAAAGUUUUAAAAGCUCCUCUCACCUAAAAAAUCACGUAGCGAUACACUCUGGUGUAAAACCUUUCAUUUGCACAGUCUGUAACAAAUCAUUUUUGAAACAUGCAUCUCUCCGACGACACUUUUUAACUCAUGAAAGAAUGAAUCCAGUCGCUUGUAAUCUUUGUGGCAAAACAUUUUUAAACCAAGAAUACUUGAAGAAACAUAGUAUUAUCCAUGUUAACAAACCACAGUUAAAUGUUUGAUGACUUAAGAAGACUUAGAUGACUGUAAGAAUGGAGAUGUUGCAUGUGUGAGGAGUAUUCUUAUGUAAAAGUUCGCAAGAAACACGAUAGUCCCACUGGUUUUCUCUGAAAUUAACUCCCAAGCUCAAAAAAAAGCUCUCAAGUCGAGGCC